AUGGCGCCGCGUCCCUCCAGUCUCGAAAGCGGUCAGGAACAUCAACAUCACAUUCGGGGAGAACUACCUACCCUUUACCGCUGGUUGACUAGCUUCGAAGAAGGAGACACGAACUUCUCGGUCGGGUCUACAUUCUUCGAGGACAUACUCUUCUUUUCUCUUUUUCCCUCAAAGAAGAGUAUUCGCCUUGAUUAUAUCGACACUGGCACUGCUGUCUUCUACCCUUCCCCUGCAGCUCUAGAAACUAGUGAAAGAUGUCCGAGAAAAGCAGCCGAGACGAGCUUCAGUGCACCUGUUCACGAAAACACUCAUCUCGCAGCGUCUUGGCAGGAAAUCGAAAAUUUAGGCUGA